GUGAACGGAAGAGGCUGUUGGCGACUCUUUAAAUCCACCCCUGGCCCUUGGAGCUUCUCCGUUUUGACUGGAGUUAGGUUUCGCGACCCAGAUGGCUUUGGACGUGAGGUCGCGAGCAAAGCGUUAUGAAAAACUGGACUUCCUCGGAGAGGGACAGUUUGCCACUGUUUACAAGGCCAGAGACAAAAACACCAAUCAGAUCGUCGCCAUCAAAAAAAUCAAACUUGGACAUAGAUCAGAAGCCAAAGAUGGUAUAAAUAGAACAGCUUUACGAGAAAUUAAGUUACUACAGGAGCUUAGUCAUCAAAAUAUAAUUGGUCUCCUUGAUGCUUUUGGACAUAAAUCUAAUAUUAGCCUUGUGUUUGAUUUUAUGGAAACUGAUCUAGAGGUUAUAAUCAAAGAUAAUAGUCUCGUGCUGACACCGUCCCAUAUCAAAGCGUACAUGUUGAUGACUCUUCAAGGGCUGGAAUAUCUACAUCAGCACUGGAUCUUACAUAGGGAUCUUAAACCAAACAACUUGUUGCUAGAUGAAAAUGGAGUUCUAAAACUGGCAGAUUUUGGCCUGGCUAAAUCCUUUGGAAGCCCCAAUAGAGCAUACACACAUCAGGUUGUAACCAGUGUGGGUGUGGACAUGUGGGCUGUUGGUUGUAUAUUAGCAGAGUUACUUCUAAGGGUUCCGUUUUUGCCAGGAGACUCAGACCUGGAUCAGCUCACAAAAAUAUUUGAAACUUUGGGCACACCAACAGAGGAACAGUGGCCGGACAUGUGUAGUCUUCCAGAUUAUGUGACAUUUAAGAGCUUCCCAGGAAUCCCAUUACAACACAUCUUCAUUGCGGCAGGAGACGACCUGCUAGACCUCAUACAAGGGUUAUUCUUAUUUAAUCCGUGUACUCGAACUACAGCCACACAGGCACUGAAAACCAAGUAUUUUAGUAAUCGCCCAGGGCCUACCCCUGGGUGUCAGCUGCCAAGACCAAACUGUCCAGUGGAAGCUUUAAAAGAGCAGCCAAACCCAGCUGUGGCAACAAAGCGGAAAAGGACGGAGUCCUUGGAGCAAGGAGGAUUGCCUAAGAAACUAAUUUUUUAACUGUGGAGAAGACUGGACAGUAUUUCACAGCUGAAGGAACAGUCAAAAAAGAUCAUGAAGAAGUAGUAAACAAAGGCUGUAGACUUGAAUUUGUAAAUAUUCUAUACGUGUAAAAUAUAUGAAACUGGAUUAUUUUUAUUAAAUGUAUUUUAAAGCAAGUGUAA